AUGGAGUCUUCCCCGCAGGAUUCAGCGAGCGACCCGGGGAGGAGCGGAUCUGAACCGGCUACACCACUCACGGAGACCCCGGUGAUCCUGGAGCUUCUCCCCGGCGAAGAGCACCUUUCUCCGACAGGUAGACAAACAAACAAACAAACAAACAGAGGGGCAGCUGCUGUGAAGAAAACACACACCUCUCAGAUUGAAAUCAUCCCCUGUAAGAUCUGUGGAGAUAAAUCCUCGGGGAUCCACUACGGGGUGAUCACCUGUGAGGGCUGUAAGGGUUUCUUCAGACGCAGUCAGAAAAGUAACGCCAGCUACUCGUGUCCGCGACAGAAAAACUGUCUGAUCGACCGAACGAGCCGAAACCGCUGCCAACACUGCCGUCUGCAGAAGUGUCGGACCGUGGGCAUGUCCAGAGAUGCUGUGAAGUUCGGCCGCAUGUCGAAGAAGCAGCGGGACAGUCUGUACGCUGAGGUUCAGAAACACCUCCUCCAGCAGCAGAAGAACCAGGAGGGACCCUCUCUCCUCCUGACUCUCCCCAGCAUCGAGACCCCGAUCCUGGGGGAGGCCGAGCCGCUCUCCCCCCUCUACGGCCCCCCGACCUCCAGCAUCACAGAGCUGCAGGACGAGGGAUACAUGGUGCAAAACUCCCCUGAAGGAGGGUCAGUGUCUUCAAAGGUUGGUGGUUUCUACCUGGACAUCCAGCCGUCCCCUGAUCAGUCGGGCCUCGAUAUUAACGGCAUCAAACCGGAGCCUCUGAGCGACUUCAGCUCCAACAACGGCUUCUUCCCGCUCUGCUCCCUCAGCGAUGGAGACCCUUCCUCACUGUCCAUGGCUGAACUCGAGGACCUGGCUCAGGUGACCUCUCAGUCUCACCUGGAGACCUGUCAGUUCCUGAGGGAGCAGGAGGUCAGAGAGGCCUUCCUGCAGGAGGAGGUGCAGAGAUACCAGAGCAAGCCUCGGGAGGAGAUGUGGCAGCUUUGUGCCGUGAAGAUAACGGAGGCCAUUCAGUACGUUGUGGAGUUCGCCAAACGCAUCGAGGGCUUCAUGGAUCUGUGUCAGAACGACCAGAUUGUGCUGCUGAAAGCUGGGUCUCUGGAGGUGGUGUUAGUGCGGAUGUGUCGCGUCUUCGACUCUCAGAACAACAGUGUCUUCUUCGACGGGAAGUUCGCCGGACCGGACGUCUUCAAAGCUUUAGGUUGUGAUGACUUGAUAUCCUCAGUGUUUGACUUCGCUGAGAGCAUGUGUUCGCUGCGUCUGUCGGAGGAAGAACUCGCUCUCUUUUCAGCCUACAUCCUGCUCUCUGCAGACCGCUCAUGGCUGCAGGAUAAGCUUCAGGUGGAGAAACUGCAGCAGAAGACGGAGCUCGCUCUGAAACACGUGCUGCAGAAAAACCAGAGAGAGGAAGGAGCCCUGAGCAAGCUUAGAUGUAAGGUGUCAGCGUUGCGUUCGCUGUGCAGUCGUCACUCGGAGAACUUGUCGGCCUUCAGAGCCGUUUACCCCGACAUCGUGACGACUCACUUUCCUCCGCUGUACCGGGAACUGUUCGGAGGAGACAUGGAGCUCAACAUGGAGCUCAACAUGCACCACAGCGACCUCUGAGAGAGCGAGGCCACUAGGGAGGAAACAAGGGAGGAAACCAGGGAGGAAACCAGGAAACCGGGGAGGAAUCAAGGAAGGAAACCAGGAAGGAAACCAGGACGGUGACAAGGAAGGAAACCAGUAAGGAUACCAGGAAGGAAACCAGGAAGGGAACUAGGAAGCCAGGAGGGAACGUUUGGCUCAAAUAAAUCGAUUUUUCUGUCUUUUUUUUUUUAUAGUUUCCGUCUAAAAGAACGGAAAUGUCUGCAGUGAUGUCACCGGUACCUUUUCAUAAAGUUUAAAUAUUUUCUAAAAACGAUGGCGCCCUCGGAAAGAAGUCGCUGGGAUCAUCGUGCUUUCUCUUUUUGGGUUAAUGAUUGAAAAAAGACGCUGAUGCUCAGACAACGACGCUCCGUAGACGCAGGAUCUGGAUCUCCUCUAACAUUGAAAGACUUCUUCAGUUUUCACACUGUUCGUCACCACAUCACCUCUUUCUCAAUCUCACGUCUGAGCCUCACUCGCACCAAAAACAAGGAUUGGAAACACUUUUACAUCUCGUUAAGGAGCGGUUUGUACUCGGAGCUCCUCAGGGUUUUUAUAAAAGCUUCCUCUUGAAUCUCUAAGGUUCUGGUUAACAAAGUGUGCAAUGGUGAGCUUCUUGUUGUUAAAUCUCUUAUGUUCUUAAGGCUGCACUAUUAUUUAUAAAAAUCUUUAAGACACGUUUCUCAAAAUUCAAAAAUACAGGUUUGCUGUCUUUGGAAACUUUGAGUUAUCUUCUAGAUCUUAAAGAAUAGGGUUUAAGAAAAUGUUGUAAAGUAAAUAUAGAGACACUGCAUCAAAGAUUAAGUAUAAGGCUAUAAUCUAUCUAUCUAGUUACCUUUAACUGGAAGUAAUGUGUGUUUAUCACAGCUAAAGACAAUAUUCUGAAACAUGUGGAAACUAAAAAGCUGAAGGAUGAGCAAAAGACAAAGAAAUCUUGAUAUGAAGUUAGUUUUUUUUCCGUCUGUAAGGCCAACUUUAUUUGGGAUGUUUCUGUCAUUAACCCUCUGAGGUCUAAGCCCCUUUUUCACACGUUUGGCUCGCCUGGGCUUUUUUUGUAAACAUGCUUUUAAAACAUCAACCCUGUGCUGCACAAUCAAUUAAUAUACAUGUUUGUAUUCACAACAACCUAAGCUAUCAGCAUAUGUAGGCUACAGGGAUGUCACAUGGAUGUACAAAUAGUUAUGAGUACAAAAGAAAAAAACGAAAUGUUAUCACUCAGAAAUGUAUUCAAAUCCCACAGAGAAAAGUACUCUUCAAGUCUCUUGAUCAGAAAAUAGUUAUUUCA